UUUCUCCUGUUACCUUUUUAUUUUAUUUUACUUUAAAACUCUAGUCAGGCACUAAUUGGAACACUUGCAUCGCUCUGACGAAGGACCUUUGCAGUCCACAAUGGCGGCGCCCGUUGCAACGUUAAACUGUGAGGACUUCUCGUUAUUUCAGGAAGUCCUGAAGGUGAUGCGCACCAUAGAUGACCGAAUUGUCCACGCUCUCAACACUACUGUGCCCACAGUGUCCUUCUCAGGAAAAGUAGAUGCUACGCAAACUUGCAAGCAGCUCUAUGAGUCUAUGAUGGAGGCUCAUCUGAACAGAGACAAAGCCAUUAAGACCUGCAUAGCUCAAACAUCUGAGGUGGUGGAAAAGCUGCGUGAACAACGGGCGCAAGAAAGUGAAAAUCUGGGACUAAUCAAACAGCUCCGAAAGGAGCAAACCAAGUUAAAGCUAAUGCAGUCUGAGCUGAAUGUUGAAGAAGUUGUCAACGAUAGAAGUCUGAAGGUUUUCAAUGAAAGGUGCAGGAUCCACUAUACUCCUCCGAAGGUGAACUGAAGCUGGGAGACAUUUUGCUCAAAGUCCAAAAAUCUGACCAGGACAGGAAACCUGAGCUGCUGGCGAGUCCAUGCUGCAGGCGGCUAAACUGUCCCAGAACUCCCCUCCCCUCUGUCAUGUGAUCAUUGUACUGCAUUACCAUCUUUGUAUGAGUCUUCAGUGUUCUUUCUUGAAUAGAACUAUUGUACAAAAGAGUUUUUUAAAAGACAGUGAACUAUUUUCAA